CCAUUAACAUACACUUUGGUUUCUUUCUCCAUCGCCAGUCGGUUUGACAUUAGAUGGCGUCCUUAUCUACUGGCGCUCCCAUGGACGAGGACAUUCUCAGCGACGUCGUUCCAAGCAACAUUGUUUCGCGCCAGCCUAGCCAAGGCGUGGAGAGCGAGUAUGAUGGUGAUGCAAUUGCCGAACAGGGAGAAGGAAAUGUGAGCACCCAGUUGGACAGCAAGAGUAACAGGAAGCAAAGAAAAGCAGACGCAGAAGUUAAACUGCAGGCCCAGCGUAAGGAAAUGGACAAAGCGAAGAUUUCGGACGCCGUGAAACGAUACACGUAUCUCUUAGGGCAAACGGAGCUUUUCAAGCACUUCGUGGAUAUCAAGAGAGCACGCGAUCCAGAAUAUGCUGCAAUGUUGGAUGCACAGCCCAAGCCGAAAGGACGAGGUCGCAAGAAGGUCGCUGACGAUACCCGCCACCGUCGAUCCGAAAAGGAGGAGGACGAAGAACUAUUAAAGGACGGAGAGGCCGCUGUUGAUGGGAAUGACCAGCCCUUUGUGUUCGAAGAGUCCCCCAGCUUCAUCAAUGGCACCAUGCGCGGAUAUCAGUUGCAAGGUCUCAAUUGGAUGGUAUCUUUACACCACAAUGGCUUAAAUGGUAUACUGGCAGAUGAAAUGGGUCUUGGGAAAACACUACAGACCAUCUCCUUCCUAUCCUAUCUCAAGCAUUACCGCGACAUCUCCGGCCCUCAUUUGGUUGUUGUUCCUAAGUCUACAUUACAAAACUGGCAACGUGAAUUCGAGCAAUGGACUCCCGAUGUCAAGGCUGUUGUCCUCACCGGCACCAAGGAGGAGCGGAGUAAUAUCAUCGCAAACUGUCUAAUCCCACAGGAUUUCGAGGUUUGCAUCACUUCAUAUGAAAUUUGUCUCAUCGAGAAGUCGGCGCUGAAGAAAUUCUCCUUCGAAUAUAUUGUCAUCGACGAGGCGCAUAGGAUCAAGAACGUAGACUCCAUCUUGUCACAGAUCGUCCGAGCAUUCACGUCUCGCGGGAGAAUGCUGAUUACUGGAACCCCCUUACAGAACAACUUGAAGGAGUUGUUUGCUCUCCUAAAUUUCAUUUGUCCCGAGAUUUUCGUCAACUACGAAGACCUCGACAGUUUUUUACAUAAGGAUUCAGACAGUACCGAUGAGGAGGAAGAGAAAAGCAAGCGGGUCGUCGAAGCUCUACAUAAAAUUCUGCGGCCCUUCUUGCUGAGACGCGUUAAAUCUGACGUGGAGAAGAAUCUUCUCCCUAAAAAGGAGAUCAAUAUCUACGUAGGCCUCACGGAAAUGCAGCGCAAAUGGUACAGGUCUGUCCUAGAAAAGGACAUCGAAGCUGUGAACGGACUUACUGGCAAGAAAGAAGGCAAGACCAGACUAAUGAACAUGGUCAUGCAGCUGCGGAAAGUGACAUGUCAUCCUUACCUUUUCGACGGUGCUGAACCAGGCCCUCCUUAUACGACCGAUGAACACCUGAUACAAAAUUCCGGUAAAAUGGUCAUUCUUGAUAAACUACUGGCAUCUAUGAGGGCUAAGGGCUCUCGUGUCCUGAUAUUCAGUCAAAUGAGUCGUGUGUUGGACAUAUUGGAGGAUUACUGUCACUUCAGGCAAUAUCAGUAUUGUCGCAUUGACGGAAAUACGGCUCAUGAUGAUCGGGUGGUAGCCAUUGACGAGUACAAUAAACCGGGCAGCGAGAAAUUUAUAUUCUUGCUGACUACUCGCGCUGGGGGCCUUGGUAUCAACUUAACCACCGCGGACAUCGUCGUUCUUUACGACAGUGACUGGAAUCCUCAGGCCGAUCUCCAAGCCAUGGACCGAGCACAUCGUAUUGGCCAAACCAAACAGGUCUACGUUUUUCGUUUUAUCACUGAAGGUAGCGUCGAAGAAAGAAUGUUAGAGCGUGCGGCUCAGAAACUGCGAUUGGAUCAGCUUGUCAUUCAACAGGGCCGCUCACAGCAGACCAAGGCUGCUAAUAAGGAUGAAUUGUUGGAAAUGAUUGCCCACGGAGCUGAGAAGAUCAUAAAUUCAACUGGGUCCGACGAGGCACUUUUCACCGAAGACAUCGAUGCCAUUAUCCAGCGUGGUGAAGAGCGUACCGUGGAGUUGAAUAGUAAAUAUGAGGGUUUAAAUUUCGAAGAUCUCAGUAACUUCAAAUCCGAGGCUUCUGUUCAGCAAUGGGAAGGCGAGGAUUUCCGCAGCGGGCAGCGAAAGAAUUUGGGUCUUAGCUUGCUUUCUUCUCUUUCCAAACGGGAACGUAAAUCAAACUACUCAGUCGACAAUUACUUCAAGGACACGCUUCGGGCAGGAGCGGCAAAACCUGACAAAGGACCAAAACUUCCCCGUGCCCCCAAGCAGAUUGCAAUCCAAGAUUUCCAAUUCUUCCCGCCCCAAUUAGCCGAACUGCAAGAACGAGAAUUGGCUGUCCAUAAGCGACUGAAUGGUAUCGGCGCGACUUUGAGAGAGCCAUCGGGACCAGAGGAUACUCCUCAGAAGCUGGAGGAGGAGAGACAAGCAGCGCAGGAAUUUAUCGAUACAGCCGAACCUCUUACCGAAACCGAAAUUGCACAGAAAGAAGCUUAUGCUGCUCAGGGUUUCCAAUAUUGGGGUCGACGUGAAUACCAACAGUUCAUCAAAGCACUGGAAAAUUAUGGCUGGGGUCAGCCGCCUGAAGUGUAUGCCAACGACAUCCAAGAUAAAACUCCUGAGGAGACUGCCAAGUACUACAAAGUCUUCGAAAAGAAAUGGAAGACUCUUCCUGAUUAUGAACGAAUCCAUGCCCGUAUCGUUGAAGGUGAAAGCAAAAGAUCUAAACGCGAUGCGCUUGAAACACUACUGGAUAACAAAAUGAAAACUGUCAGAUAUCCUAUGCAGGAACUGGAAAUCAUCUACCCCCAGGCCAAAGGGAGAGUGUACAGUGAAGAAGAAGACCGGUAUCUUCUCUUUCGACUAUGGCACUACGGUAUGCGAUCGGACGACGUAUACGAGAAGAUCAAAAAGGACAUCACGGAAUUUCCGGUGUUUCGCUUUGAUUGGUUCCUCAAGAGCCGGUCACCGCAAGAGCUACAAAGGCGGUGUCAUACCCUUCUAGGGUUGAUUGAAAAGGAGGCGGAGACAAAUCAACUGCUACAACCAAAGGGGAAGAAACGAGGGAUCGACCAGGUGCACAGAUCAGAUAAGAAGGAAGCGAAGAGUACCAAGAGGCCAGCGAAGAAGAGAAGGGCAUAGACACCGCCUU